AUGUGUCAUGGUAUGGAUCCCGCCGGUACACUUGGAUUUUAUGGUGAUUUUAUGUGCGAUGCACCAAUGUCUCUCGUUGAAUACACCCUGAAGGAAGCACAACGUAUCAUACCUAAUCCUGAUCUCAUUCUAUGGACAGGCGACAGCGUCCCUCAUUCAGACAAUUACCCCUGGAAAAAGGGAGGAUGUUCGAAAUACACAACUCGAUUUGGACCACGCUCCGCGGCCGCGCUCGCAGGUCGCGGUUUCUACAAUAGAGCACGUCACCCACCUUUCCAGCUUUUUGAAUUUGGCGCCACUGCAAGUUCUCGUAUAAUCAUUAAACAUUAA